AGAAGUUGUCAUAAGUGCUUACGAAAAUUUGUGGUUAUGUGGUUGUGUUUUAAACAGUCAUAUCAGUGUUGCAUAUUUGUUAUGUUCUGUGAUUUGUUAUGUAUGUGUUAAGUGAUACAGUUUGUUUGUUCUGUGUUUUAGCUACAAAUUAAAGGAAUAACAAAAAUUUACGUAUAAACAAAAGUUAAGGAAAAAUAUAACGCUAAAGGAAAUAUUUGAAUAAAUUUGAAUGGUAAAAUGAUAAGCAUUAAUUAUCAAUGCAAUUUCCGUAGCUGUGUGUAAAUAAAAUUAUUGCAAAAAUGGAUUCAGACGAGCCAAUUAUAUGUGGACACUUAAUUCUUCAUCCAAAUAAAAAGUCAAAGAAACCACAUCUGAGAUAUUGCAAACUUUUUAAAGCCAGUAAAUGUGGCAUAGAAAGAUUGGAAAUGUAUGAAAACCAAAAAAGUUCUGAUGAGGGAAAAAUUAUACCAUUAAAUAAUUGCAUUAAAAUAAAAGAAGUUACUCCUGGUCAAUGUUUUUUCAAAAUAUUUACUAAAACUGAAACCUAUGAAUUUGAUGCCAUGACUCAAGAAGACAAAUCCAGUUGGAUUAAACAAAUUCAAUACGUUGCAUUUCCAGAUGACUCAUCAAAAAUCACAACCAUUGAAGAAGACAAUGAAUUGUAUUGCCCAUCGGGUGAAGGCAUUUUUAGUGUAAAAGUAUUAUCCACCAAAGCUUCUGUUAAAUGUGAAAUUGCCAAUGAAAACUGCAUAUUAAUGUUAACUCCGUAUGAACUGGAACUCAAAAAUUUAUUGGGGGAGGUAUUGUAUACUUGGCCAUAUAGGUAUAUAAGAAAGUAUGGUUUUAAAAAUGGCAAUUUCACUUUUGAGGCAGGAAGAAAAUGCAUCUCAGGGGAAGGAACAUUCUUAUUAGAACAUCCCAACAAAGAUGAAAUUUUUAGAUCUGUUGCAUUAAAAAUGAAGUCUAUGAAGCAAACUAUGACUGAACCAGGCCUAAGCCCUAUAAGUGCUGAUUCCGAUUUUCUUACCGGAAUAUCAAAGAAAGCAAGGUCCAGGGAUCCUGUAUCUUUAUCCACUGCCAGCUCAAUAAAUUUGACGGAUACAAUGUUGGAAAACCGCGUGAUUCCGUCAAAACCCCCUCGAAAAGUAAAAGAAAGCAAACCAGUGCCAGAUAAUAUCCCGGAUUAUGAGCCAAUUGACCGUUACGACGAAGUAGAAUGCAGGAAUUACGCUUGGCGCACAAUGGGAGUAGAUGAUGUUAACCACAGCGAAAAGGAAGAAUUGUACACAACGUGGUACAAACAUAAAAAAUCAAAAUCAGUUUCAACAUCUUCGAUAAACACCGUUGGACCUAAAAUAGUAACGCAAAAACCCACCGAAAUUAACAGUUAUAAUACUUUACAAUUUUUUGGGUCAAACACUAAACUUAAUUCCAGUUACAACCAGGUUAACCCCCCACCCAUACCACCAGUCUCUGAACCGAUAUCUUUUAAUGAUUAUGACGAAGUGGAAACAUGUUUGCAAGGAGUAAGAGUUGCAGAUGAUUCUUAUUUGGGUUACGCUUUAGUAAGAAAAGAUAGCACCAGCAAAAGUACAUUGCCGGUAUUUAAUGUGCAACCUCAAAAUUCUAAGCUGAACACUCAAAGAGACAUUAACCAUAAAAUUUACAAUAAUGAACCAUACGCUGUAAUAAGCAAAAGCAAAAAUGUCUAGUCAUUUUAACGUAUGCAGGAAAAAAAAAUUAACUUAAAAUAAGAUACUUAAAGUCUGUUAUAAAAAAUAUAUUUCAUUAAUUUUUUCUGCCUUACAAGGGGUUUAAACUUUCACAGCUGAGAAAUUAUGACUAUAACUUAAAACCUAUACAACUUAUAUUUUAAAAACAUUGUUUUUAUAUUUAUGAUAAUAGUAGCACUCCUUGCAUAAAUAAAAUAUUUUUUGAUAUCUUUAUACUAAGAAAAUGCCAAUAAAUUUGUGCCUUAUUUUAUACAUUAAUUUGAAAUCUUGUACUUUAUAUGCAAACCUUAUAAUUAAAGUAUAAAUUUUUAUAAUGUAUUUUUGUAAAUUUACACUGUGCAACAAUGUUGGAUUCAUAAAAAAUUAUCUGGAUGUGGUCUGGAUGGGUCAAUAGUACUAGUAUUGGAGGCCAAAACCCCAAUGUAUUUUCUAAAAAACAAAAAAACAAAAAAAUUAACUGUAUUCAAAUAGAAAAAACUAUAUAUUAUAAAUAGUAUUAAAUAAUAAUUGCACCUACGUCAUCUUUACAAGCCUCUGUUUAAUUUUUAUAUAAAAUUUGAAUUGAGAACUAAGCAAUAUUCCAUUCACUGUGCUGGUGAAUUAUGGUAGAUUAGCUUGUCAUUAUUGAUUAUUCAAUGGUAGUAAAAAUUGGUAGAUAUGGGUUGUGUUCCGUAAUUUACUGUCAGUACUGAAAGCACAUUCUGAAAUCCACUUUCAGUUACUGAGCUCGGUAGUAAAUACUACCCUUUUAUAUAUUUACGGCAGAUUAAUUUUACUGAAACAACUGGUGACAGAGGUGCUGUGGCUCCAGUAAAGCACAUACCUAACCACACUUUUAAAUAUAAAAAAUAGCUGUCAAAUAAAGUGAUAUAACGGUAUUUGGUGAAGAGCUAGAACUAAUUAUUUCAAUAAUUAUUAUUGAAAUAAUACUUAAAAGUACAAGCAGCAGUGACGAAGGAGACGAGUUAAUUAUAAUAAUAAUAAUAAUAAUAAUAUGGUUGACAAUAGCAGGCGGUUAAACCGAUGAAGCUAUUGUUACUUCUUUAGAGUUGAAACAGGUUUUUUCGACUCUGCUUACAUGCCGUAAUGAACAAUUCGUUCUGCGUUCUGCUUUAGCUCAAUAUCGAUGCGAUUUUUAAAAACAUUCGUGUUCGAGGCCGACACUGUUUCUUGUUUCAAAGAAUUCCAAGAAUGGACUAUUCGGUUCACGAUGAAGUUUUUUCUGGGGAGCUUGGCUGAUCGUUCUUUUUCAAGUUUUUUUGAAUGUCCACGUAGAUGGAGGUUUUGACUGGGGUGGAAAAUGUUUCUGACAUCACAUUGGUAGUAACCGCCAGUAAUUUUAAAAGUCUCGAUUAAAUCGCCUCUAUGUAUUCGCUCUCUAAGAGAUGUCAAGUUGAAUUUAAUUAAUCUCUCUGGAUAAGGCAUAUGUUUUAACUCUAGCGGAAUUUUAGUCACUUUACCUUGUAUUUUCUCUAGGAGUUCGAUAUCUUUCACAUAAUAUGGGUUCCACACAGUGAAAGCGUAUUCGAUUUUGGGUCUUAUGUAGGUUUUGUACAACGUGGAUAUCAUUUUAAUAGAGUGAUCUUUGAAAGCUUGGUUUAUCAAAUAGACAAAGGAAUUUGUUUUUUUACAGAUUUUGGUUAUUUGGCUAUCCCACUUUAAAUCUGAAGUCAUUAGAACCCCAAGAUCGUUUUGUUCGUUUACUGAUAUCAGGGUGGAAUUAUUUAGAAUAUAUCUAUUGUUAGGGUUGUUUGGACCGAUCCUUAGUACUGUGCAUUUAGAGGCGUUAAGUUUCAUGCCCCAUCUUUUCGACCAAAUUUCGAUAUUCUGCAGGUCUGCCUGGAGUUGGUCUGAGCUGGUUAUAGGAUUUGCGUAUAUUUUGCAGUCAUCUGCAAACAGUUUAGUGGCUGACUUUGUACAUUUAACCAGAUCGAAAAGGAAUGCUGUAAACAGAACUGGGCCAAUGACUGAUCCUUGGACAACGCCACUCCUCACUUUGUGGGGGCUGGAAAGUUCUCCGUUAACUAUAACUUGAUAAUACCUUUCGUCAAGCAAUUCUUUAAUCAAGGCAAGUAGCUUUCCUCUGACUCCAUAGUGUUCUAUUUUUGCUAUUAAAAGGUUAUGUGGGACUUUAUCAAAUGCUUUUUCAUAGUCGAGAUAGAUUACGUCUGUUGGUUGAUCGUUGUCAUGGUUUUUUGUCCAGUCAUUUAAACAUUCUAAAAGGUUGGUUGUUGUUGAACGCUUUGGUAGGAAUCCAUGUUGGGGAGAGGGUAUAAGGUUAUUUUCCAGGAAAAACGAUAUCAAUUCUUUGACUAUGAUUUUUUCCAUGCAUUUUAGAGGGUUGCAUAUAAGGCUGAUAGGCCGGUAGUUUUCUGGUCUGUGUCGAUCUCCUUUCUUGUAUAGUGGCGUGACAAUUGAAUAUUUCCAUAGUUCUGGGAUCUUUCCUUGGUCCAAACAUUCCCUCAUUACCUCUGCGAGUAAAGGACUCACUGAACUGCUACAAUUUUGAAGAAAAACUGUUGGAAUUUUGUCUGGUCCAGGACUUGAGUCUUUUUUCAUACUUUUAAGUGUUUCUUUGAUUUUAUUGGUUGGUUGUAAAAUUCACAGUUUCGAUCGAGUUUUCCACUCUACUAUGGUCAGGUAGGGCUGUGAUGGGAUAUGCUUCAUUUGUAAAGGCUGUGUCGAACUACUCUGCAAAUUUUUCUGACAUGGAUUUACUGUCUAGAAACUGCUGGGAUGUUGGGUCUUUUAAGGUUAUGUUUGAUACUUUCGAGUUUAAGUUACGGUUUAUGUAUCUGAAGAGUUUCUUAGGUGAAGAUGUUUUUACUAGACCAUUUUCAAAUUUUCUCCUAGAUUCAGCUAAUAUUUGCUUUGCUGUAUUGUUUUGACUCAUGUAGGCUUGAUAGUUGUCCUGUGUUGUGUUUGUUUUGUAUAUGUCCCAUAGUUUACGUUUUUUGUUAAUUUCUUUCAUCACUUGUUGAUUGAUCCAUGGUUUUUGUGGAUUUAUUCUUACAGGCUUGGAGGGUAUGUAUUGUUCAAUUGCACCCUUUAGAAUACAAUCAAAGUUCUCGAAUAUGGGUUUUUCAUUUCUCACUGGUUGCCGUUGAAUGAAUUUGUUGAUUUUAUCAUAGUUUGCAGUAUAGAAGUUUUUUCUUAUAAUUUUAUGCGUUUGCUUUGGUGGAAUUUUUAAUUGAGUUUUUGCUUUUAUUACAACAUGGUCACUACGGCCAAUGGGUGGUUCUGAGCAAAGAUCGAAGAGGCUUUUGGGGUCGUUGGUUAAAAAGAGGUCUAAAAGAGAACUUUGGUUGUUCCUAUAUCUUGUUGGGAAAUCUAUGACUUGUCGAAUGCCUAUUUCUUGGUACAUGUCCAUAAACUCCUCUGAUUUCUUGUCUGAUGGUGUGAUUGAAAGGUUUUUCCAAUUAAUGUUUGGGUAGUUGAGGUCUCAUACAAUAAUUGUUGGGUGUUUAAGGGUAUAAGCAUUUUUUAUGUUAUUUAUCAUGUGAGUGUUGGCUUCAUCACUUGUCGUAGUUCCUGGCCUAUAAAUACAAGCAAGAGAUACAUUUAUUUUUUCUAUUUGGAUAUCAAGCCAUACUGCAUCAAUUGGUGCUUGGAACUUAUAAUUGCUUGAAAUACUGCUACUAAUUUUAUAUCCAUUAAUUUCGUUUUUGGCUAGGAUACAUACACCACCUCCUUUUUGAUUUUGGCGGUCUUCGCGGUAUGUGCUAUAUCCUUCUAUGUGUAUCAAGCUAUCGCUCAUGCUUUCUUUUAACCAGGUUUCUGUGAGCAUUAUGAAAGUGGGAUUUGCUGACAAAAUUCUUGCUUUCCAUUCGUCAAUUUUGUUAACCACUGAACUCAGGUUACUAUACCAAAAUGAUACCUCGACCACCCCAGACAAGUUUAGUUUUUUUCAGUUUUUUUAAUUAUUUUAGGUGUUCCAUUUAUGUAUUUAAUAAUUAGAUUGGUUUUCCCUUCUGCCUUAAGUUUUUCUAGCUCUGCCAGUACAUCUUAAAGGAGGAUGGCGGGCAGGUCGCCGGGGAGUACGCAUACGAAGACCCAAAAUAUUAAACUACCUAGAAAAUGUUGUAUAUUUGUAUUCAGCGGACAAAUUUAAGAGUCAUUUUCGGUAUUUGGCGUAUAGUUGUAGUGUCAGUGAAAUUUUAUAUUUCCUAUUAUCGUCGUCCGCGUCCAAAAAUGUAUAUAACAUUUUAUUUUCCAUAAGUUUGUCAAAUGUCAGUAAAUCACAAAACAUAACCUUGCGUAGCCAUUGUACAAUGAUAAAAUGUCGUAAUUUUCUGCUGCUACUGAGGCGCGUUUCUAUUUCACUGUUGCGUCAGUACUGAAUAAAUUACGGAACGGUCCUUUUCCGCUACUGACAGUAAAAUUACUGAUAGUAAUGGCAGUAAAUUACGGAACACAACCAUGGUAGGUUUCGAUAAUUAUCAGGAUAUUGGCAACACUGAAUGCUUCUCUAAAAACCAUGCCUGCGAAAAUGUUAAUAAAAAUGUCGACAUCAGAUUCUAUCACUUAACGGCCCAGCAUUUUAAUCGUCAGUCAUCAUGUCAGUUUGACAUGCUGUGCCAACAAAACCUAAAUGCCGUGUAUCGAUAAAAAAAUAUAUAAAUAAGUAUGAUUAUACUUGGAUAGCGUUUAUCGAGAAGGAACCAAGCUCCAAAAUAACUAAUUUUAAUUAAUAAUGAUUUGGGAACCCUCUCAAUACUUUUGAGAAAAGUUUGAAAUGAUGAUCAAUCAUUUGAGUAUCAUUAAAAAUGAGUUAAUUUACAAACAAUUUUACCAAGCCCAGAAAAACUUUUUGGCGCUUGGUUCCUUUUCAAUAAGCGUUAUCCAUUUGUAAUAUGAGUAAAGGAUAAAGCUAAAUUAAUCCGAGUUAUUGUUAUUAGAGGCAUUCCAGGAUCUUGACGUUCAUGUUGAUAAAAAUGUCGACAUGCUGUGUUGUCAAAACUAAAAUGCCAUUUUUUAAUUACCAAAGAAUCCUAAAAAAUAAUUCUAUCCUAAAUGGGUUAACAGUACAGUCCAUUCAGGCUAAGUUGAGCGCUUUGGUGGGGCCGCCGAGAGGGUAUAGGGGGCCUGGGGCAAAUUUAAUUCUUGGAGCCCCCUGACUAGAAUCUAAAUGUUAGGGGUGGAGGGAAGGAAUAGUUAAUAAUAAAAAAAUUAUAUAGUACACCUAGGCAGUAUACUGCCUAGAUGUACUGUAGUACCUAAUAAAUAAAGCCUGGAAUAAAAAGCUUGAAGAAAACUAAAAUAAGCGCUUAAAAAGCAGGUAAUUUUUUUGAAAAAUUUAUGAAUUAGGCUUAAAAAAUAAUAAAAAAACCAAGGCUUAAGAUAUGCUUAAAAAUCAAUAAAAGGCAUACAAAAAAUUAGUAAAAUGUAUUUAUUUGUUUAAUUAACAUAUAUUUGCUUGUAAUUUAAACAAUAAGCAAUAAUAAAUUGUUAAUAAGUUGAUUAAAUUAAAUAUCGAAUCGUCGCGAGAUUUCGGUAACAAGAAGAUGAUUAUCAGUGCCGCGGCUUGCCGUUUGUUCGUACAAAGCGGCUACCGAAAUACAUGUAUUUAAUUGUGCCUGAACUAGAGAUGUAAAAAACGGUUUUUUUCAGAUGUGAAAAAAAACUAGAAAAAGAAACGGUUUUUUUGUUUUUUUACAAGUCCGCUGCCAUAAAGCAUAUUCUGUCAAUAAAUAACAUCAAUCUUAAAAAAUGGAGUAUUUUUUUCAAAAUGAAAUUUAGAGUAAAAUUUAUAUUAAUAAUAAAGUGAAAUGUAGAAUAUAUUACAUUUUUCAUUAUUGAAAAUUUUGACAGAGACUAAAAAAUCUGAUUUCUUAUUAUUUGGUAGUUUCCACAAGAAACCAAUAGCAAUGUAAAACUUCUACACUAAUAGAAAAAAAAUUCCAAGUUUUUUGCGAUUUUUCGGAUAGCGGUAUCUUCGUUAAAAAUGGUCGUAUUGGAUCCGUAAAAAAAGCAAUUUGAAGUUUCUAGUUUUGAGAUUUUUAGAUGAAAAACGUGCAACGCUCAAUCCUAACAAAAACCGUAAUAAAAAAAUUUUUUUUUUGGCUUUUUUUUUGGUCCACGGAAUGUUCUGACCACCAAUGAAUAAAUGUUCUACAAAAAUUUGCUAUUGUUUUUUUUUGAAAACAAAUUUCCAUACUCUACAUGAAUUUGAAAAAUCAUUAAUAAAAAGUGCUUUUGGUAGCUUUUUGAAAAAUCAAGCGCUGAAUCAAAAAUAUUAUAGGUAGUUACUUUUUUUAGGACCAAAUCAAAACAAGCGUGGCCCUUAUUGGUCAAUUCGGUGGUGGUGGCGCGUGCAAAGCGCGAGACUGUAUUUACAUUUACUAAAUGUCAUUUAGAGGCUAAUUUUAGUCCACGAACUGGACUGGAAACAUACAAAAUUAGGCAAAUGGGACUAAUCUUGAAAAAAAAACCUAAAACAUGAAAAAAAACCAUUUGAAAAAAAAACAAAAAAAAACGGACCGUUUUUUUUCAAGUCGCAUCUCUAGCCUGAACAUAGAGAUGAUGGACGGGGUGACAUUCCUUAGAACGCUCAACUUAGCCUGAACCACAGACCACCAAAACAAAUGGACGGAUUUGUUUACGUUUAAAAAGCGAGUAAAGCAUAGUUUCACAUUCUAAACACCGUCGAAAGAAACACGGCUUCCAACGUUGUCUGAAGUAUAGAUUACACGCCUUUUUGGACGUUCAUCAAACAUAAUGAACAUUAAUAAUUACCAGUAAUUCGUUUGAAUAAUAAAAAAAUUGUAAAAAGGAUUUGUUCAUCAUUUUCUUUAGAUAUUUUUCUCUAUUUAAAGAAAGUAAAUCAUUUAAUAAUUAUUAAAAUUAAAUAUUAUAACAACGUUGGUAUAUUUGACAGCAUAGAAAAAGGUUAUGUUCUGUGGGUUGACAGCUUGUUGUUUUGUGUUUUCGUUUGUGUAUUUCUAUCGUGUUUAAGUUAAUUAUGGAGUUUAAAUACAUUAUUUUUUACUCUCCAAUUUGACGCUUAGACUGUGACCGUUUGUUGACCGCAAACAAAUCAUUGUUAUUGAAUGGCAAUGCGCCGUCCAUUUGUUUUGGUGGUCUGUGGCCUGAACAGACAGUAUAGCCAACAAAGAUAAAAUUUAUCUUAAUUUGCAAUGAUUUAAUUAUUAUAGGCAUUCUUGAAUGUCGACGUCAGCAUGGUUUGUAUACAAAGACUAGUUUGUUUGUGCUGAUUUUUUUACUGUAUACUACACAAUUAUUAGAAACAAACUACCUAAUUUUGUUGUAACUUGAUCAAUUUUAAUGUUUAUUUUGAGGGAUUAUGAAAGCUUGUUUAAUAAUGGAAGAUUUUAAUGAGACAUAUAAUAAAAAGUUAUGUCUGGACCCACAUCCUUAUGUUCUGUGUGUUGCACUGUGUUAUAUUUGACCAAUUGUUAUUAUACAAUUUCCAUAAGUUAAGUUUUAUACUAUUUAAUAAUAAACAAUAAAAUUAUAAUAAAAGGUUUUUAUUUACAAAUUUAAAAAUAAAAAAAACAAUAUUACCUAAAAACAUUUAUUUUUUUAUAGCUUCUAUACAAUCACCCAUACUAAUUUUUUGUACAGUUUCCCCUUUUUCAUUUAAAAUCUCUUCUAUAUUUCUUUUUCCAUUUAAAUCAGUAAACCAUUUUAAAUUAUCGGCUAUUAAAUGAUUAUUAUCACAGCCUGUGCAUUUAACAAUAACCACACCUUUUUCAUAAGCUACUUUUGUAAUGUAUUUAGCGUUUCUUGUGUUGCAAACUUUGCAUGUGAAUCCUAAAUAUAAUUUUCCAUCCAAUUUGCCCAAAGGAACUGAUUGUUUCUCUUCAUUAGCACUUCCUAACUUAUUUUCUAAAUAAAUUUGGUUGCAAUAAUUUUGAGUUUUUAAAAAUUUAUUGGCAAUGGAAAGUCCAUUAUUUCUUAGAUAAAUAUCAGUUAAAUUAAGAUUUUGGCAACGUCUUAAUAGUAAAACACUACUUCGAAACAUUUUGAAUUUAUGAUUAUAUCAUUUUUCUAUGAUAAUGACAUUUGUAUUGCACAUAAAUUUAAGGUUAUGUUAUUCUUAACCCUAUUUUUCUU